UGAGAGCAGACGUUGCUUCGGUGGUCAUGAGUGCCCUGAUGCUUUGCAGUUCUUUUCCAAAUAAUGCUAAAAAUCAUAAUCACGUACGGAAAMGAGUUCGUUUUGCUGACACUUCGCCGUUGAGUGAUAUUGCGUUAACCAGCGUAAAAAUCAUCUCACCGAAUAACAGCUCAGACAACUUAUUUGCCGUUAAAUGUUAUCCAUCGAAAGCAGAGGAAAAAGUAAAGCCCUUGGUUUUGCACAGAGCGAAAUGCCGAUUCAAGCUAGAAAAAGACACUUCUUCUUUAGUGAGGCGAGCGAUUGAGAAAAARAUAUGUUUAGAAAACAUACUUCAUUCGCAKUUUGCUAUACUUGGACUUGUACGCGUUCAUAAUAUCGAGUUUAAGAAAGAAGUGACUGUCAGGUACACCACGAAUAACUGGGAAACGUACCGCGAUGUCUGGGCCGACUACCUGUCGACUUCGGCCGACAAAAACACCGAUAAAUUCACGUUUCGAAUUUCAAUGUGUACUUGGUUAUUUGAAGACAACUGUAACAUCGAGUUCGCUCUAUGUUACAGAGUGAAUGGUGUUGAAUACUGGGACAAUAACGACGGCAAAAACUAUCGUAUCAGCUGCAAAAACGACGAAUUCGGUCGUCAGGCGUCUGAACAAUGUCUGAAGGGAUGCAUAAAUCUUAUCACUUGCAGUAUUACUAAGACCAAGGAUUGAGAAUAGCACAAUAUACCUGGGAAAAGUCGAAAUCACUGCUUCGGUAGGAUUUAUGAUAUUGUCAACUAUAUUAAAAAUUGUUUUGCUAUGUAAUAUUAUAUAUAUGAUAUAUACUAUAUGUAAAUAGAAUGAAGUAACAAAAAACAGACAAAACACCAGAACUUUGCGGUGGAAAGUCKUGAAGAUUUCAAAGACAAAUCUGUCCGUUUUGCAAAGCAAAAUCGCGAAGGCAUUCAAGAAAUUACAUGAUUCCUUCCUUGUACUAUGUUUUAGUUUAAGACUGGAGUGACAUUUGCAUUUGUUGAAGUACCUGGGCGGAGAGAAAGUCUAGAGGCUGUUCCAGAUGACAGARCAGAAUGUUUGCUAUGAUUAAUUGCAUGGUACUUAAUAUCAGAGAAGGUCGUUUAUGUCAGUUGUUGACCACAUUGCUCACAUAGUAUAGUAGAACUAGACCCUGUAUGCAGGGUUUGAAGGGUUGACACGUACCCUUGUUGUACAUGAUGUUGUGAAAUCAUUAGUAAAUGAGGCCUUAAACCUUAAUGAUACAAAAUAAAAAAUGAUUUGAUCCUUCGAGCAUUGCCAAGAUAUAUGUGAUUUUUGCGAUAAGCUUAUAUGUGGUGGCUYUUAAAAUGUCAGCUGUACCCGCCUUUGUGAUUCUGCAGUAUAAUUUUAAUGUYAGAUAUAUAACUACAAUCAUAGACAAAAUCCAUGGGACAACAUGUAUCUCUACUAAAACUUACUGACAAUUUACCCCCGUGACCCCCUAAUUACUCGAAAUAAACCCUCCAUCCAUACCGAAACAUUCCCGCCAACACCAACAUGGACAGUGGGGGUAGGGGGGAGGGUUUGAGUCAGCAUUUAAACAGCCGAUUAGAUAGUGCAUCUGCUAGACCGCAGUAAUAGCGUGUUGUCCCAUACAAUUUUGUCUUGGAUUGUAGGUAUGAUUUGGUUACAACGUGACGCUUUAUUAACUUUUUGUUAUGAUGGUAACGCAAUAUUUUUGCACAUCUACAUUAAUACUCGACAUACCCAUUGCAGAUGUUUAAAUAGCCAUGAAAUUAUAAGCAUUUUCUAAUGAGUUGUAUUGAUAUUCAAUAUUUAUAUUCGUUGCCGUUGCUUCACAAGUACUAAGCGUGUUGAUCUCUGUAUUUAAUACACACUUUCAUUGUUUUGAA